UGGUUAGUCAAUUGAUUCCGCUUCUCGCCUCACAUUUUACUGGCAAUCCAAGUAGGAGAGAAGCAAGAUAUCGCGGCAUACUCUCUCAUCGUACGCUAAGCGAGGGCACCAUAAAGCCGUCAGUCUGUGGUUAAACGUUAUUGGCAUUGACAGUCAAUAUUGGAGGACUGUACAGUGUCGCUACAAUGGAUUAAUAAUAGAAUUGGGAGAAUGGGUCGUGUUAGCUGGUUGAUUGGAUAGUACAAUAUGAGAUCUCUGGAAUCAAGUUGACUUAUUCUAUCAUGUAGAAGGCUAAUUGGAAAUCUCGUUUUCUCGCCUUAAUUGACAAUAGACUUUCUCAAUAUCCAGCGAAUCUUUUCACCGUGUUCUCGAGUUUGAUUGAAAAAGAGAAAAAAAAUUCCAGCAGAAGAACAGAGCAAAAAAAAAACUCGAAGCAACAGUUUUCAUUAAAAAUAAUGUUGAGAGCGAUCCGUUUUUGUUAAAUGCAGAUUUUAGAGUUGGUUAUUUAGUGAUAACGAGUAUUAGAUUUUAUUAACAAAAAACAUGGUUCCUCCGAUAUUACUGCUUUGGGCUCUCCUGUCUGUGAUGGUGGCCGGGGCAUGCACCUUUACGUUUCUUCAACCGUUCUGGAUCAUGCACUUGGAUUGUAUUCAUGCUUUUGGAAUGAUAAGUUAUUGUUACGUGGAUUCGGAUUACGAAAACAAUCGUGAGUUAUGUACGGCGUAUGGGGGUUAUUAUCAUUUAGGAAACAUCCCGUCCGGUGCCUGGCAGGCGUCGUGUGUACUGUAUGGAGUAGGGUGUGUACUAAUGUGUCUAUCAGCAUUCCUAGCUAUAUGUACUGUUAUUAUGAUCAGAGCGCAUAAUAAAAAGUUAUCUUUAUUAUCAGGAUAUUUACAAGCGGUUGCAGUUCUGGUAAUGGGAGCUGGUUUGCUUAUUUUUCCAUUGGGACUGAAUUCUUCCUUUUAUCAACAUUAUUGUGGCAAGGCAUCGGCACCGUAUAAUUUUGGACAUUGUGUCGUUGGCUGGAGUUACAUGUUAGGAAUCAUGGGAACAGCAUUAUCAAUAUUUUGUCCGUUUUUAUCACAAUACACCGAUAUGAACGCCACAGACUUAUUUUCUUGAGAAAUAUUUUCAGAAAUGUAUGUGGUCGGUAUCUUCAAUAUGGCAUAAUGUUCAUGGAAAAUGUCCGCCAUUGGUUGUGAGGCAAUAUUAUAUAAUUUAUUGUGCUGACAUUUUUUCAUAGGUGUUCAAAGAAUUGAUUGUGGAUUGCGUUGUGAUGUUCACUUUAUUAUUUAUUUUACUAUGAUUCAAUAUUCACAUAGACCUUAUUGUGAUCUCUUAGAUCGGAUCUCGUCACGAUUUGGUUAGGACUACAUCAAAUGAAUCUAUGAUUGGUGAAACAAUACAAGCUAGCUGCACAUCAAAACAUACAUACGUGAAUACAGCACAGUUUGGGUGUCACGGUAAAUCCAGCUAUUAGUUACGUGGCACCACAAGACACCACGCGUUUCACAGAUGGGCCUUCUAACAAAUGAUAAAGUAAGCAUAACAUGUCGUGUGCAUGACAUACGCCACAAACAUGAUACACGUCACAACUUGUAGUAUUAUGGGUCACCCACCCGUACAACUUUCGCGGGAGAAGUAAACGUAAAGCAGAAUAGUGAUGGUUUCAUGGUGUAUGGAUGAGAACUAUUGAAAUAAAUGUACAGUUAAAAUUAAACAAUCGUUAUCCUUAACAAUCGAAUCAACUAUAAAUCGUGAUUUAAUAUUUAUUCUUCCAAACUACUGACAUAUAUCGUUGAUGUCAAAUGGAUGAUAAAAUGUCAAUCAAACUCGAUUGUGCCCCAUUAUCGUAUAUAUAGCUACCGUGUCGAACAACAGCUACAACAUCUAGCUAGUGGCCCUGUGAUUUGUAUGUAAAUAAAGGAAUGGUUGUUCUCGUUCCGUUUUCCAUUGUCAGAAAGGAUUGGCUCAGCAUCUGAAGUGUUCCACUGAACAUUUGGUCAAUGGAAGCAAACUAUUCACUCUAAAACAGAAUUGAUUAAAUGGGGAUACAUGUAAUGGUGUAAAAUAUUUUGUUUUUAACGUAUGUAUGUGUCAUUCAGUAAAUUAUUUAAAAGAA